GAAAAAAUAUAGGAAUUACUUUCUUUGGAUUAAAUGAUGAAAACUUCCUCUAUCCUUCUUUUCUUUAAACCACCGUUCUAGGGUUUCUUUCUCACCCUCCAAACAAACCUCCAUUCGCUGCAUUUCACAAACUUUUUCUGCAAUGGCCACAAGGUUCUUGUUUUCAAGAACGAUAACCCAAAGCCUUUACCAAACUCUCCAUCAUAGUCGUUGCAAUGACACUCCCAUUAUCUCAAAGUUCCUCAGAACCCUUCACUCUCUGGUUUCCACGGAAUUCCAAUUCCAUCCCUCAAAUUGCAGGGCCAUGUCCUCUUCCUCCAACUACGAACCCGAAGAUGCCGGAGCAUCUGUUGCCGCUGCGUUAAAUCUCGAUAAUCGGGUUCCGGCCACCGUCAUCACCGGCUUUCUGGGUUCUGGAAAGACCACUCUGUUGAAUCAUAUCUUGACAUCUCAACAUGGGAAACGGAUCGCUGUCAUUGAAAAUGAGUUUGGUGAGGUGGAUAUUGAUGGUUCAUUGGUUGCUAGUCACUCCUCUUCUAAUGAUAACAUAGUCAUGGUUAAUAAUGGUUGCCUGUGCUGCACCGUGCGCGGAGAUCUGGUCAAAUUGCUUCUGGAAUUGGUUAAGAAGAAGCGUGACAAAUUUGAUCAUAUUGUUAUAGAAACAACAGGGCUUGCAAAGCCAGGUCCGGUGAUUGAAACGUUUUGUACUGAUGAGAUGGUUUCACGAUAUUUGAAACUUGAUGGAGUUGUUACUUUGGUUGAUUCUAAGCAUGCCAUGCGACAUUUGAAUGAAGUGAAACCUAGAUUUGUUGUUAAUGAGGCAGUGGAACAAGUUGCCUAUGCAGACCGUAUUAUUUUAAACAAGAUAGAUUUGGUGACUGAGGCUGACUUGGAGGUGUUGACAAAGCGAAUUCAGCAUAUCAAUGGGAUGGCACAGUUAAAGCUAGCUAAAUAUGGCAUAGUCGACAUGGACUUUGUUUUGGGAGUGGGCGGUUAUGAACUAGAUAGAAUUGAUUCAGAGGUUCAGUCGGAUAGUUCUCAUUGUGAAUCCCAUCAACAUGAAAGUGCUUGUGAACACCACAAAGGACAUCAUCACAACCAUGUACAUGAUUCUGCUGUCUCCAGCGUUAGUAUCGUCUCCGAGGGAACCCUUGACCUUGAUGAGCUUGAUGAUUGGCUUGAAAGACUGGUUGAAGAAAAGGGGGAGGACCUGUACAGGAUGAAAGGAGUUUUGUCUGUGAAGGAUUCCCACGAGCGUUAUGUUUUUCAGGGGGUGCAUUCCACUUUGGAUGGCUGCCCAGGCAAGACAUGGGGACCCGAUGAGAAGAAGAUAAACAAGCUCGUCUUCAUAGGAAGGAACUUGGAUGAAACUUCCCUAAGAAAAGGUUUCAAAGGUUGCCUAGCGUGAGCAGAAUUUGGUCCGUGAACGUGUAACAAUAGAUCAAUAGCUCAAACGAAGCGCCUGACCGUGGCUUUCAGUCAUCAACCAUUGCAUAUAUAUAUAUAUAUCCAUGGGUUUGGCUCGGCAAUGAAUUGGAUCCACAUACUGUAAAGUUCAGUUUCUGCAAAGACGGACAUGAACCCACCCGAGACUAAAUUCUUCAAUGUACCUUUUUGAAAAUUCGUUUCAGUACUUCAGGUUUAUAGUUCAUAAAUUUAUAUUGUUGUCGUCUUUUCUGUCACUUCUUGUUUCAGUUAUUCUGUUUAGAUUUUAUUAUACAGUAAUUAUCAAUAAUUUAUUGAAAUAUUUAUUUUGGAAUCA